UAACGGCAACUGUAGCUGUCGGAAUGUUGCAGCAAAAACAGGCACCGCUGCAAAUAGAAAGGAAACAAUCACAAAAGAUUUUACCUCAACGUAGACUGUACUCUACAAAGAAAAACAAAAGGAGUAAUAAUGCAUCCCUGGUGCUACCAAAUUCAGAAGAAUCCAGUUUGAUCAAAUUAUCUCUACUGGCAGACAAAGAAGAUGCACUUGUGGAAAAAGGUUCAGCUGUUCAAAAGCAACCAACAAUAAAAAAUACAGAGGGUGUAGCAGGUCCAUUCCCCAUUACAGCAUGUGCCCUACAGCACAGCCCGACGAAUUUUACAGCAAUCCGGUUUGCAAUUCUGCUUGCAGGCUCAACUCCCAUGAUUCAGCCAAUAGCAAAACAGGCUGAGGUGGUAUCUAGUCCGUCUCUCGCUACAUCGUAUGUGCUGAAACACAGCCCGAGGAAUAGCUCAACUUCCACAAUUCAACCAAUACCAAAACAGGCUGUGGUGGUACCACAUCCGUCCAUCGGUACAGUGCGUGUGUUGCUACACAGCUCAACAAAUGGUGCUGUUCUCCCACAUUUAAACCAGUGACAGGGCAGGAUAAGAUGGUAUCAGUGCCUUCCCUUACUACAGCGCAUGUUCUGCAACACGGCUAUGGAAUGCAACCUGUGAUGCCAGGAAACUCACAGAUAAACUAAAUCAUGUGCCAGAUGUCGAGCACCAUUGUGUUUGGAAGUUCCAUUGUUCUGUGUGCGAACAGUUUUGGAAGUUUGGAUGAAUCAAGUUUCUGAAACUGACUGGAAAGAAACUUAAUUUUCAAAAACUAAGAUUUUAUUGCAAUUCAUGAUACUGUGAAAUAUUUUUAUAAUUGCUGUACAUUCAGCUAAAAGUUACAGUAAAAUUUUCUUGUAAGUUAUGCCUGCAGAAACUUUUGUACUGAAUUUAAUCUUUUCUUUUGGUUUAUAAUUUUGAUUUAAAAUCUAUUUUCUGUUUAUAUAUGAAGUUUCAAUUGUGUAUCUUAAUAUUUGUAGCUGAUGUGUAGAAUAUUUGAAAACUUUUUUUUCACGUUCUGUAUGUUUUG